UUCACCAACAGAAAACUCGCCGCUAACAACCAAGUCGCCAACACCAAUGGACAGUACCGAACAUACAGACGUACCGCAGCAGGAGAAUGAUUAUAGUAGUAAAGUAAGUAAAUUUGAGACCCCUGUGAUUAUUACAGCUAAUCAUAAUAUACACACAUACAGAAACAGUCUCAAAGAAAGUCAAAUAAGUUUGAGAGUAAAAUUAAAAGAAUUUUACAACUUAACAUAUCUUGUGAAGGACGAGGAGCUGUUGAGAUCAUACACCACUGAAAUUACAGCAUUAUUGAAUUCCGCAAAAACAACUCUUCAAACAGCACAAAAGGCAAAUUUAAUACAAAGUUCGCCUAAUUUGAAAAGGAGAGCCAGUGCAUCUAUCUCCAGACCAUCAAUUGCUCCGAAAAAGUUUAAAAAGUCAUUUUCGAUAAACAAAAAACUCCCAUACUCACAUAGAAUUGGUCAGAGGGCCAAGAUGAUGCGUCAACUUUACAGGGCAAAGAUUUUCAUCACAGAUAAGAAUACUGUCGGUGUAAAGACAACGGUUGUAUGUGAUUUACAAGAUAGAGCGGUUCAUGAUGAACAGGUGACCGCUGGUUCUACUGAUCAUGAUCUUGUAGAAACGCAUUUCGUUCCGCCAAACAGAAAUCGAAGAGAAAGAUGCAGGAUGUCAGCAAGAAUGUCAGAAGAAAUCAAGAAUGAUAUUUUAAAUGGUCAUAGACUGCGAGAUGAUGCAAUCAAUUUAUGCCAGAAAAUAUUGAAGUUGCAGUUCCCUUUAGUGAACGGGUUCGAAGAUACCGAUUCUGGUGAAAAGGGAUGGUUCAGUCAUCACAAAGAAAAUUUUGCACAGAUACUAUUUCAUGCAGAUCACUGGACUGCUGUGUUUUCCUUGGAUGAUAAAGAGAUAUAUUAUUGCGACUCACUUGCUGGAAGAAUUGCUGAAGCGGUAUGGAAGCAGAUAGCCGAUAUCGCAUUCACUUCAGAAAGCACCUUAUCUGUUAACAUUUCUCCUGUCCAUCAACAAAAAAACUCUAUUGAUUGUGGAGUUUUUGCCGUAGCUCAUGUUCAUGGCUUUUUGCAGUAAAUGCGAGGAAUGGUAUCACAGAAAGUGUGUGUCCAUUCCUUUAAAAGUAUUUAAAAACGAUGACGAGGCUGUUAAAUGGAAGUGUGGAAAGUGUUAAUGUUUAUUUAAAACAGUGUAUUUCUCUUUCUUAUCAUUAUGAUUUUACUAAGCGUUUUUUAUAUAUUGUUUUUUUAUUUACAUUUUACAUACUUUUUUUUAAAAAAAAAAGAUAAAAUGAUGAUUUAAUUUAAGUUUCAUCUAU